AUGUUUUGUGAAGACCUUCAUUUGGCGCAUUUUUUCUGGAAGUUACGAACAACCCGCGUGGUUGUGAUUUUUGAGAUAGUGGCCUCACUCGUCAUUAUUUAUUUUUUCAAAUUCUUUCUCCUCUCUCUCUCUCUCUCCCCCUCUCUCUCUCUCUUCUCUGUUUUUCUUUUGCCGUUUUCUCUCUCGCUCCCUAUCCAACUCACUUUUUACGUCCCUCUCUCUCUCUUCUCCCUCUCUCUCUUUCUCAUUCUCGCUUCCGUUCAGCUCGUCUAUAACUCAUUCUUAAUCUUCUAUUAUUCACUACAUUUUACACUCUCUCUUUCCUCUCACACCUUAGUAUCACUCCCUUUCUCUUUUCAUUCUAUUCUUACUUGCCACUUCUCUUUCCCACUCAAGCUUAUCUUUCUCUCUCACUCGCUUGCAUUUUCUUUCUUUAUUCCUAUUUCCUAUUCCAAUUUCUGUUUUUCGUUUUUGUUUUCAUUUUUCUUUCUUUAUUUUUCCUUUCCAUCUAUCUUUCUUUAUUCCUUUUAUUUUUCUUUCUUUCUUUCUUUCUUUCUUUCUUUCUUUCUUUCUUUCUUUCUUUCUUUCUUACAAUUCUUUUAUCAUUGCUGUCUAUCCCUCAGUUUCUCUGAAUCUAUCUAUCUAUCUAUCUAUCUAUCUAUCUAUCUAUCUAUCUAUCUAUCAAUUUCUUUAUAUCUAUAA